CUGGGUGCUACUUCAAUGCAGCAGCCUUUCGGGAAAAGCCUUCUCCUCCCCUCUCCAGCAGGGCUGUGUGAUAUCCAAGCCUGCCCACCAGUAGUUUUACUAAAUAAUUCAUUAUGCUCCCAUGAUAACUGAAGUAUAAGGAGGGGCUUGAUUUAAUUUACUGCCUGAUUCAAGCCAAUCGGGCGGUAAGGCUGCGGUAGAACUGGGUGACAGCAAACCCUGCUUGUAUGCUGUGAAUGUGAAAGAGAAGCAGUUCCGUGUGUGGGUUAAGGGGAAAGGAUUGGAUCCAGGGGAGCCAUUGGAUUAAGAGACUGGCCAGAAGGUAAAACUAUCUUGAGGAAAUCAAGUGUCUUCCUCCCCACUGUACAACUGGUGACAGAACAUCUCUUCCAACAAGGCAGCAAGAACCCCAAAGGCUCUUUAGACUCUUCCACUGUGUUGUUUUGUCUUACCUGGGUAUUCGGGAAACAGCCACAAUGAAUUUCCUGCGAAGGCGCCUCUCAGAUAGUAGUUUUGUGGCCAACUUGCCAAAUGGUUACAUGAUGGACCUUCAGCGUCCCGAUAAUUCCACCAGCAAUCCUGUUUCCCCAGCAACAGAGAGGAGGCAGCAGCCUGUACAGCAACCUGCUUCUGUUUCUUCUGGUACCAGCAUCUUUAGUUCCAUCUCCAGUGCCAUGAAGCAGACCACGCAAGCAGCUGCGGGGCUCAUGGAGCACACAGCAAGCCCUACCCCUGUAGUCCAGCAGAAACCCCAAAUCCUCUUGGUAAUUGAUGAUCCGCACACUGAUUGGACCUCUCUAAGCCUGACUGAGACUGCAGUCCUAACCUCACAUAUCUGGAAGUCUAAAUAUUUUCAAGGGAAGAAGGUGAAUGGGGAAUUUGAAAUCCGAGUGGAACAGGCAGAGUUUUCAGAACUGAACUUGGCUUCAUAUGUAGGCACUGGCUGUAUGGUGGACAUGCAAGUCAUACGGAAUGGCACCAAAGUGGUCAGAUCCUUCAAGCCUGACUUUGUUCUCAUCCGGCAGCAUGCUUACAGCAUGGCACUAGGAGAGGACUUCCGCAGCCUCAUCAUCGGCCUCCAAUAUGGCGGAGUCCACAGUGUCAAUUCUCUUUUCUCCAUCUACAAUUUUUGCAGCAAGCCCUGGGUGUUCUCUCAGCUAAUUAAAAUCUUCAACUCUCUGGGUCCUGAGAAGUUCCCUCUUGUGGAGCAAACCUUCUUUCCAAGCCAUAAACAGAUGCUCACAACUCCAGCUUUCCCUGUUGUCGUCAAGCUGGGACAUGCUCAUGCUGGAAUGGGGAAGGUGAAAGUUGAGAACCAGCUUGACUUCCAAGACAUCGCAAGCGUGGUAGCCAUGGCCAAAACAUAUGUCACAACGGAGACUUUCAUUGAUUCCAAAUAUGAUAUUCGAAUCCAGAAAAUUGGCAACAAUUACAAAGCUUACAUGAGGACAUCGAUCUCUGGAAACUGGAAAGCAAACACAGGUUCUGCCAUGUUGGAACAGAUCGCCAUGACUGAGAGAUAUCGACUCUGGGCAGAUUCCGUUGCAGAGAUGUUUGGAGGCCUUGACAUCUGCGCAGUCAAAGCUGUCCACAGCAAGGAUGGAAAAGAUUAUAUAAUAGAGGUGAUGGACAGCUCAAUGCCUCUGAUUGGGGAGCAUGUGGAGGAAGACAGGCAGCUAAUUGUGGACCUGGUUAUCUCCAGAAUGACGCAAGCCUGCCUGAGUGUGGGGUCGUCCCCUUCACCUCUGCGGCCUUGGCCGAAGUCACAGAUGCAGACUCAGGCAGGACCCCAGCUUGGACCACUUUCCCAACCCCGACCACCUCCUCAAGGGGGUCCACGCCAGCCUCAGGGAUCACAGCCAGCCCGGACGGGAACUCCACCCCAGCAAAGGCUCUCUCCCCAGGGUCAGCAACCUCUGAGCCCCCUGUCCACCUCACCACAGCAACAGAGGUCUCCUGGAUCUCCCCAGCAAACUAGAUCAUCCGCUGGAAGCUCACCAAGCCAACCUUCCAAACCAGGCACCUUCCCCCCACAGCAGCCUAGACCUCCAGCCCAAGGACGGGCUCCCAGCCAGCAAGGCUCCGGCGAACCAGCCAGGCAGCAGGCUCCUCCUCAUCCUCAUCUAAACAAGUCACAGUCCCUGACAAACACUUUCAGCCUCUCAGAAUCCUCACAGCGGGGAAUAGCCAAUGAAGACGAGGCAAAAGCUGAAACCAUCCGCAACCUGAGGAAGUCGUUUGCUAGCCUCUUUUCCGAUUAAUCUCUGCACAUCAAGUGAGAGCAAUUGUGGGCGGGGGAGUUACUUUUGCGGAUUCAUUCUUUUCUGUGUUUACCUUGAAAUUGCCCAGGAGCAUCUAGAGUAGUUUCUUGUAAAACCUAUUCACAUGGACAGCAAAAAAAACAACAGGGGGGGUCUUGUGCGCCCACCCAUACUCCAGGCCCCCCCUCCCGCCUGCAUCCAUUCCCUAUAACAUCAGAACAAAGGCCUGCUAUGCACAUUCUUUACUCCCUACCUCAGGUUUGAGGAGUAAAGGCUACAUAUCUGGCAGUACAUGUGAAGUUCUUCAAACUUCUAAAACUGCUAUUUAGGCUAGGAGUGAGGAAUAUUUUUUUUCAUCAAGAGCCACAUUCCAUCGGAGGCAGUAUUAAUAAUGGCACUGUUGUCCUUUUCUCUGCCACCCUUUUUGCUGAUUCCUCCCCUUACUCCCACCCCUUAGCAUCCACAUUUAGGCCAAGGUCUGAACAUGGACCUUCGGCCACAGGCUUCCGAGCAGACAUAUGUAUGGAUGAGAGCCUGUGGCAGGUGGGGUGAACUGCUGCUGUUCAUUCACCUUACAAAUGGCGCUGUGUGUUCAUACAAGUUCAGAUUCUGCAAACAGAAUCCCUUGAAGCUGUCUUUCUGGGUGUCCUUUUCACAGCACCUUAAGCACCAGUGUUUUAGUUUAAUCAAUUUGAAGGAUCACAGCAUUGAUUUUUUUUUUAAAGAACCUCUGCUAUGCAACAAGCUUUCCUACAUAAACCCCAAUGGAACCAGAACCAUCGCUCCACGCCCAAAAGUGAUAACUUUUCAGUGUAUAAUUUUUAUAUAUUAUUGCAAAGCAAGCUUUUUUUGACACAGAAGUGAAAUCUUCUUGGCUGGCAGAUUUUUUAAAAAAUAAACCUUACAGAAUUGUUAAGCAUGUCCCAAACACAUUAUUAAAAAGAGGCAGAGCAAUUUUCAGGGCCCUGCUAAAGUGGUUGACAGCCAUCUGUAAUUUAAUGGCUGUCAAACCUUUGGAUGGGAGAUCCAACACAUCCGUGGACACAGCAUAUUAGCAUUGCAAGCUUCUCAAAUUGGAGCUAGAACAGACAGCUUCUUUGGAUGGAUCCCAGGGAAUGAGUUAAAAUACCUAAAUGCAAUUUCAUGUUAGUGGACCAUCCACAGGUGGGGGAAAAUAUGCAAGUCUUUGCUUGCUUACAGCUGUAAUUUAAAGUGCAUUUCCAGUUCACUACAAUGUAAAACAGCACCACUGUAUUUUAAGAUAGAGAGCAAUUGGAAAUCUUUGAACCACACCUGGAAUAGUCAUUCCUGUAACUACAACAACUGAGUUCUAUG